CUUCUUUUGCCUGCUUGACUGCUGGAUGGACACCCACUACUUGAGCCCGAGCAUUUGACCAGUCAAUCUUGAAUCCUGACUUAUCUCUAGGCUUGUAUAAUCGUUCAAGAUUCAAUUUGAAUUGCAGGACAGGCGCCGAUGCAAGCCAUCAUGAGAAUAUCUUGCACUUGAGGUGACUGUGGUCAUAUGGUCAAGUUUAGCACAUCUUCAUCCACGAUUCGUACCCUUCAACAGCUGGAUGCAGGUCAAUGGCGAUGCGUAUCAGCUAUUCGAAUGCUCGGACCACAUCUCUAAUCCGUCUCUCAGCACGCCCUCCCUUCGUCAGAGCACCCCUCGUCUGUAAGCUACGAGCUUCACACCGGACAAUCACCGCGCCCCAGGUCCGACUCUUGCACGUCUCUGUCAAAGUAAACAUGGUGCCGCCAGUCGCAUCGAACGCUCCCUCAUCCAUGCCGGAGUCUAGGGCAGCUGAGCAUGGGCCUUCGUCUCAGGCUAUCGGGAAGGCGGCCAAGACUAGCCACGUGCUGCACAUGAAUCUCAAGCAGGCUCCUAUGAAGGCAGAGAGAGCUGAAGGCUGCUAUAUAUACGGACCAGAUGGCAAGAGGUGGCUGGACGCUUGCGGCGGUGCUGCCGUCGUGACAGUAGGACAUGGCAAUCAGAGAGUCGUGUCGGCCUUGUGCGAACAAUUGCAGACGGUCAAUUACUGUCACAGCUUGAACUGGACCACGGACCCUUCUGAAGAGCUGGCCAACUUCCUUUGCAGCUCGGCUCCCAAAGAAGCCGAAUUCGAACGAGCCUACUUCGCUUCUGGUGGAAGCGAGGCUCUGGAAAGCGCCCUCAAGCUUGCAAGAGAACACUUUUACAAGAAGGGCGAACAUCGUCGCAUCAACUUUGUUGGACGGCAACAAAGCUAUCACGGUACUCUGAUAGGCUCGCUGGGCGUAGGGGGCAAUGUACCCAGAAGGGCAAUGUACGAAGAGAUGUUGCCCAGCGCAUUCAACCAUCACGUCUCGCCCUGUUUUCCAUACCGCUAUCAGCGUGACGGUGAGAGCGAUCAAGCGUACGUCACACGGCUCGAGGAUGAACUGGAAGCCAAGUUCCAGGAGCUGGGGCCUGACACGGUCGCUGCGUUCGUCGGCGAGACAGUUGUGGGAGCAACGACAGGUGCGGUCGCCGCCGUUCCUGGCUACUGGCAAGCCAUGCGCCGAGUGUGCGACAGGCACGGCGCCCUUUUGAUCAUGGAUGAAAUUAUGAGCGGUAUGGGUCGCACGGGCUAUUUGUGGGCUUUCGAGCACGAACACGUUUAUCCGGAUAUUGUUACCAUUGCCAAAGGUCUCAACGGCGGCUAUGCGCCGCUUUCGGCGGUCUUGGCCAAUAGAAGGGUAGUGUCGACACUUGAUGCAGAACCAAGAGGUGUCAGCACCUUCUUCACCUACUCCUCUUGGUCCGUAGGAGCGCGCGCGGCGCUCGAGGUGCAACGCAUCAUCAAAGAGGACAAUUUGGUGGACCAGUGCAAGAGGCGAGGCGUCUUUUUGGAACAUGCGCUGAAAACAGUUCUGGGCGAUCAUCCUCACGUUGGCGACAUCCGAGGAAGAGGACUCUUCUACGGCGUCGAGUUUGUUGCCGAUCGUAAGAGCAAGGAGCCAUUCGCGCCGCAGCUUGGAGUAGCACCGAAAGUGGUCGAAGCGUUAAUCAAGUCAGCCACAUCAGAAAACGCUGGAAUUGUUCUCUAUCCCGGCAAGGGCACUAUAGACGGAAAACGAGGCGACCACGUCCUCAUUGCGCCUCCCUACACAAUCGAAGAGGCCGAGCUGACUUAUGUCGCCGAGGGUAUUCGAAAAGCUCUAGAUGCAGUGUUGCAGGCCAUCCAGUGAUGAGCCUGCUGGGACUCGGGCCGAGCCAAAUGUAGGUUCGGCCCUCCUGCUGACUCGUUGACCCAGUGAACAAGGUGCAGGCCUCUUUCUGAUGACGAGGAAAAAUGAAGAAAUCUCUUCAUACGAAGCUGGAGACAAAAGAAUAGUUGUACAAUUACAUUUCAAGCUGGGAAUGAUCAG